UCAAGUACGAGACAUUGUGUGAGGAGUACAUUUUCAAAUUUCAGUGCAAGCCUUUGCCACUAAACCAACCUAAGAGUUUAACAGGAACAUAACUUAAUGCAAUAUUUGUAUAUGUCCUAAAAUUUAUAAUAUGUUUUGUCCUCGUAGAUUGCAUUACAAACAAAUGGGUCAUGGUCGCGCGACUUUGCGUUGUUGCAUGGUGCAAGUGAGAUCACUCUGCAGCACCACUUCCGCAAUUUCACAUUACGGUCGCAUAGGUGAUGUAGACAAUGCUCGAAAGGUGUUCGACAAUACGCCAUUGCCACACAGGACCAUCACUUCCUGGAACGCCAUGGUAGCUGCCUACUUCGAAUCUCACAAACCUCGCGAUGCCGUCCUUCUGUUCGACCAAAUGCCCCAAAGAAACACUGUUUCCUUCAACGGCAUGAUUUCGGGUUACGUGAAAAACGGAAUGGUCGCUGAAGCGAGGAAGGUGUUCGAUGUUAUGCCUGAACGAAAUGUUGUUUCGUGGACUUCCAUGGUUCGUGGUUACAUUCAGGAGGGUAUGGUGGAAGAAGCUGAAAGGCUCUUUUGGGAAAUGCCACAUAAGAAUGUGGUGUCCUGGACUGUUAUGAUUGGUGGGUUGUUGAAGAGAUCUCGUUUUGAGGAUGCAAAGAAACUGUUUGAUAUGAUGCCUGUGAAGGAUGUUGUGGCGGUUACUAACAUGAUUAGUGGGUAUUGUCAGCUGGGACGUUUGGAUGAAGCUCGUGAGCUGUUUGAUGAAACGCCGAUGAGAAAUGUGUUUACUUGGACUACUAUGGUUUCUGGGUAUGCAAAGAAUGGGAGGGUUGAUGUUGCAAGGAAGCUUUUUGAAGUGAUGCCCGGGAGAAAUGAGGUGUCUUGGACGGCUAUGCUUAUGGGGUAUACUCAGAGUGGGAGGAUGAAGGAGGCUCUCGAGCUUUUUGAAGCGAUGCCGGUGAAGUGGGUUGUUGUUUGUAAUGAGAUGAUCACGCGGUUUGGACUUUCUGGGGAGGUGAGUAGAGCUAGGAUGGUGUUUGAGGGAAUGAAAGAGAGAGAUGAGGGAACUUGGAAUGCUAUGAUUAAGGUGUGCGAGAGGAAAGGGUUUGAGUUGGAAGCUUUGGGUUUGUUUGUUAGGAUGCAAAGGGAAGGGGUUGAGUUGAAUUUCCCUUCAUUUAUCAGUAUUCUUUCUGUGUGUGCCAGUUUAGCAAGCCUUGAUCAUGGCAGGCAAGUUCAUGCUCGGUUAGUUAGAUCUGAAUUUGAUCAAGAUUUAUAUAUUGCUUCGGUUUUGAUUACGAUGUAUGUUAAGUGUGGUGAUCUUGUUAGAGCAAAAGGGAUUUUUAAUAGGUUUCCAUUUAAGGACGUUGUCAUGUGGAAUUCUAUGAUCACGGGUUAUUCUCAGCAUGGGUUGGGAGAGGACGCUCUGAUUGUUUUCCGUGAUAUGUGCUUGUCUGGAGUUCAGCCAGACGAGGUUACCUUUAUUGGAGUUCUUUCAGCUUGUAGCUACAGUGGCAAAGUGAAGGAAGGGUUCAAAAUUUUCGAAGCAAUGAAAUGCACUUAUAAAGUGGAGCCAGGAAUCGAACACUAUGCUUGUAUGGUUGAUUUGCUAGGCCGAGCAGGCCAAGUAGAUGAGGCAAAGGAAUUGGUAGAAAAAAUGCCAAUGGAACCGGAUGCUAUUGUUUGGGGUGCAUUAUUAGGUGCUUGCAGAAACCAUAUGAAGCUCGAUUUGGCUGAAAUUGCAGUAGAAAAACUUGCGAAACUAGAGCCCAAAAAUGCCGGGCCUUACGUUUUGCUCUCGCAUAUGUAUGCAUCUAGGGGAAGAUGGAGGGAUGUUGAAGUACUUAGGAAAAAAAUAAAUGCCAGGAGUGUCGUCAAAUUUCCUGGCUUUAGUUGGAUUGAGGUGGAGAAGAAGGUGCAUAUGUUCACCGGGGGAGACAGCAAGGGCCACCCUGAGCAGCCUAUUAUCACAAAAAUGUUGGAGAAGCUAGGUGGAAUUUUAAGGGAAGCUGGAUAUUGUCCCGAUGGCAGCUUUGUGCUUCAUGACGUGGACGAGGAAGAGAAGUCGCAUAGCUUGGGUUAUCAUAGUGAAAAACUAGCUGUAGCAUAUGGACUCCUAAAAGUGCCUGAAGGGAUGCCAAUUAGAGUUAUGAAAAAUUUGCGGGUUUGUGGUGAUUGUCAUUCUGCGAUCAAAUUGAUCGCAAAAGUCACCGGUAGGGAGAUCAUUUUAAGAGAUGCCAAUAGAUUUCACCAUUUUAAAGAUGGCCACUGUUCUUGCAAGGACUUUUGGUAGUUUCUUAUAACAGUCACAUUCAGUCUCAGACUUGAAUAGUUUGUUGAAUUAGAGGGUUGCUUUAUUCCUAAGCAUAAUGGGAUCAGAAACUAUGCACUUGAGAACUGUAUUUAACAAUCAAACAGAAGCUCCUUAAAACAUUUGAGUCACUUGCGAAUUGCUCACUGCCUCCAAUAUUUGCAUUGAAAUAGAUGGAAUGGAAGCAUUCACUUCCAAAGAACUGGAAGUUGAUACUAAGUACUGGCAAUUUUAACUGCUAAAUUAAAGCUGUCCAGGGAGAUAAUAGGAAGGUUAUGAACGAGUAUGGGGAUGUACUGACCCAAAAAUCCUUACACCAGGUGCUGUGUUCCUGGAGCUAUUGAUGGGGUUGCAAGUUGCAACCUAUAUCACAGUAAGAAUAUUGAUUACAAGGUCUUGGGCCAGACUUCAAUUUACAUUCAUUGGGCAAUAGUGUCAGAUCAGAUGAAAAUGGCUUUUUAUUUUGGCAUGGUAUUUUCCAUUUUAGAAAUUAGACAACGGAGUGGUUUGCUCCCAUCUGGAUUUGAGAGGUUAACUUUAGCACUCAGAUGUUGCCAUGAGCCUGAAUCAAGUUUAGAGAUUAACUUUAACUGUAAAGUUGUCAGCGAUUCUAUAUUCUUAACUUUUUACCAAAUUUGGAAUCUAGAUUGAGCUAUUUUUAUUUAUAAUUAGUCUACACAAUUUGUUAGGCGUUUCAUUAUUUUAAAUAUGCAUGUGCUUGGCACAAUUUUAUACUGCUAUUUGAUACAAAUUGGUGUGUUGGUAUAUAAUCAAUAUUUAGCUUGGCAUAAACUCUACAAAACUUAAAUAAACUAGCAUGCACAAGCAUUUUUCACUUGGAUUGGAUAUAAUGCAUCAUAUAACCCAUUUUGGUUUUUUUAUUCAGAAGCUUCGUAAAGGUGGCUGAGUACUCCUAAAUCCUGAUGAUACAAGAUAGGAUUUUAUUCCAACUUAAAUGGUCUUAUGACAGAAUUUGAUAUAGCCUUAAGAUGCGUUUUAAGCACAGUUAAAUUUAUCUUGCCAUAGAAAGAAAGGGAAAAACAAUCUUCUGUGUGCUACAGCUUAAUACUUAGAUUGAGACAGAUAUUCAUAAAAUGCUGAUCAGUGUGGACUGUUGUAGACAGCCUAAUAGGUGGUUGCUAACUACUGUCAGUCAAAUUGCAUUGAGCCGUUUUAUAACUUAGAUAGUCAGUUGUUGCCAUGGCAACACACAAAGGAGAUCAUCAAUGGGGUUAGAUCACUUAGAUGUGAUUGGAGAGCUAGAAAAAUAUUGUUACAAUGCUUGCAGGAACUGGAAGUUCUUUUCUAUAGAUUCCCUUUUAUGAUUGGUGAUUGGAACGGUUCCUAACUGAUCCAAAUAUUCUGUGUUAGAAUUUGAUAUUUUUCUAACAUGUUAAUUACUUUACUUGCUGCUAUUAUUAUAAUUAUUAGAUUGUUGCUUGUUAAGAUAGUAAAGUAGA